CCGGGCCCCGCUCGGCCACGUUCGGCUCCGCUCGGCCUCGUUCGGCUGGCACUCGGCUCCGCUCGGCCUCGUUCGGCCGGCACUCGGCUCCGCUCGGCCUCGUUCGGCUGGCACUCGGCUCCGCUCGGUCCCGGCGGGUCCCGCCGUGUCCCGGUGCGCUCCCGUCGCGCGGCGAUGACGCGCCGGCGCCGCUGGGUGACGUCACACCCGCCCCGCCGGCCGCCGCCGCCAUGUUCCGGAGCCUGCUGGUGGCGGCGGCGCAGCGGCCGCAGGGCCCGGCCGGGCCCCCCCGCGCCGCCCCCGGGCCCGGCGCCGCGGCCGAGGCGCUGGAGGCGCAGUUCAGCUGCCCCAUCUGCCUCGAGGUCUUCCACCGCGCCGUCGGCAUCGCGGGCUGCGGGCACACGUUUUGUGGGGAAUGCCUGCAGCCCUGCCUGCAGGUGCCCUCCCCGCUGUGCCCGCUCUGCCGCGUGCCCUUCGACCCCAAGAAGGUGGAGAAGGCUGCCAGCGUGGAGAAACAGCUCUCGUCCUACAAGGCUCCCUGCAGAGGCUGCAGCAAGAAGGUGACCCUGGCCAAAAUGCGCUCUCACGUCUCGUCCUGCGCCAAGGUGCAGGAGCAGAUGGCCAACUGCCCCAAGUUUGUUCCGGUUGUCCCCACAUCCCAGCCUAUUCCCAGCAACAUUCCCAACCGCUCCACGUUCGUGUGCCCGUACUGCGGGGCACGGAACCUGGACCAGCAGGAGCUGGUGAAGCACUGCAUGGAGAACCACAGGAAUGACCCCAACAAGGUGGUGUGCCCCGUGUGCUCGGCCAUGCCCUGGGGGGAUCCCAGCUACAAGAGUGCCAACUUCCUGCAGCACCUGCUCCACAGGCACAAGUUCUCCUACGACACCUUCGUGGAUUACAACAUCGACGAGGAGGCGGCGUUGCAGGCGGCCCUGGCUCUGUCCCUCUCUGAGAACUGAGGCUGAUCCCUCUCCCUGCCCUGGCUCCUUCUGGGCGCCGCAGGAACCCUCCGGAGCCCCUCUGCUGCCUCCGUUGCCACUGCAAUUCCCACCUUGUUUAAGAAGGUGGAGCCUCUUCGUUUGUCCCAGUGAGUGAGCAGAGAGGGCUGGGAUCAAUCCUUGGAUUCUUUCAUGUCCGUGUCGGGAGCACAGCCCCGUGUCCGGAUCUAUUUAUUGGUAGAUGCUUUUUGGCACGCUCGUCCCUGCUCUCUGUUGCAGCAGAAUAGGUACCUGAAACUGAUAGAUUGGCUCUAACAGCCUCGUUUGGGACUGCAGUCAGCCACAUCCUUUUGAAAAGGAGGAAGGCAGCACGGAGCUUCUUUUUUUAAACUCUCCAAGGAUUUUUCUAGAGAUGUCAGGCUGUCCUGACCCCCGUGCUGGAGGCUGGAGCUGCCUCCUUCACCUGAAUCCCAGGAUGAGACUGAAGAGUGGUUCAGAGGAGCCCUGGAGGAUGGCAUCCAGCAUCCAGGGAGAGCUCCCCUUCCUUGUUUUGUACCUUUGGCUCUGGGGACACCAAAUCCUGGCCUUUUUCUACACGAAGCGGCGCGGAGCCUUUUCCACGUUUUCUAGAGCGGGCUCAGAAGCUGCUCCACUUCACUCUGCAAUAUCUGCCACCCUGGACAAGAGUAUUUUUAUGGAACAUUAUCAAGAAAGUUUAUUUUUUACACAGAUAACCCAAGCAAACGAACACGUGGAUUGGGAACGGGGCAGGAGGCGGGAGCUGGAUCCCGGAGCGGGUCGGGCUCUGAGGUGAGGGGAAGUGCAGGGAUCUCUCUGGGCCUUUCCCUUCCCUCAGCAGAAUUGCUCUGCCCGUGAGGGAGCAGGCAGGAUGGUUGGCUUGGAUCCAGGUGCUGGCUGUCCAUGCAGGAUCCCAGCCCCGAGCUCCCGAUCCCCCCAGAAAUCAGGGAUUGCAUCUCCCUGUGGUGAUCCCUCCCUGGGAACGGGGCACAGUUGAUCCGAGGUGCUCCACAGCACCCUGGUGACCCCUUCCCCUGCCCCUUCCUCUCAGCCCUGCCUGCUGCUGCUGGAGUUGGCCCCGGGGGGCUGGGGGAGGCUGGGAGGGAGCUGGCACCAGCCACGGGGUGAGCCCUGAGGGAGGGGGUGAUUCCCAAGAGCCUUCCUGCAGGAUUUGCAGGGAAGGGCUGGGAGAGGCCCCUUCUGCUCAGGGAGUUCCUGAGCUUUAUCCAAAGCCUGGCUCCAGCUCUGCCCUAGCGAUACUGCCUUGGGCUUUGUUUUGCUUUUCACAGUACUGGGUGAUUUUGGGAGCGUGCAGGGAGCCCUGAGCUCCCCUGGCAGGGCAGGGAGAGGGAUGGGAUCUUCUCUUACCAGCAUUGCUGGCACCUGGGGGAUGUUCCUGUGGGAUGGAGAGCACUGGCAUCUUCCAGGAGGGACCCAGGAGCAUUUCCCUGUCCUGUGCUCAGCUGGGACCCUCAGCUGCUGGAGCAGCCUCCGUGAGAGCCCCAGCACUGUUAACUCGGGCUCCUUCCCUCUCUCCUCCUUCUCCUUUUAUCCUCCACAGAGGCAGGGCAGGGGCAGCAAGAGCUGCUUUUGUAAAGCACUUUAAGGCCCUGGCUGUGAGGGGCCACACCAGGCCGUGCCCGGGAUCCCCCCCUGUGUGCCAGGGAUCCCCCUCUGUGUGCCAGGGAUCCCUCUGUGUGCCCUGGAUCCUUCUGUGUGCCAGGGAUGCCAGGGAUCCUCCCUGUGCCAGGGAUCCCCUCCAUGCCAGGGAUCCAUGGAUCCCGCUGGCCGUGCCCACCAGUGCGUCGCCCACCACUUUUUUUGCAUAAUUAGAACUUUUAACGAGCCACCCUGUUUUUUGCAGAGGAAUUAACUCGAUGAGGUAUUUGUAGCAAACCAUUUUUCUCAAUAAAGGCAGUUUCAUCCA